AUGUCACAAUUUAAGAGAAAUUCCAGCUCAAAGAAGCUGGAUUCGGAGACCAAGUUCAAGCUUGAGACGCUAACAGAACUAUUCCCAGAUUGGACAAAUGAUGAUUUGAUCGACUUGGUUCGUGAGUACGACGAUCUAGAAACUAUAAUUGAUAAGAUAACCACUGGAGCGGUGACAAAGUGGGACGAAGUUAAGAAACCAUCCAAGAAGGAGAAACCUGCAUCGCAUAUAGACCAUCAAUCUCACAGUGGCUCUCACCAGCAACAGCAACAGCAACAACAUGCUGCUUCACACUUGGAUCCGGAAGACUCUCCUUCCCUAAUAAAUCAACAUCAUUCGCAUCAAAGACAGUCCAGAUCUAAUGCUAAGUUUAGCAAUAAUAACAGCAACGGAGGCAAGUCUUUGCAACAGAGACAACAGAGCAGUAAAGACAGCGGCAAGAAGCAACCUUCAAAGGAUAGUUUGAAACCUGCACCAUUGCCAUCAAAGUCUAGCGCAGCUGGUAAGAACAGCAGUUCGUGGGCAGCAGUGUUGGCGGAAAAGAAGAAGGCUCAUGAGAAGAAACUGGAACACACCAAGUCUUCUGCCACUUCCUCUUCUUCCACUUCACAAGAAUCCCAUAAUGAACUAUCUAAUGUACAAACUGAACAAAACGACGGCGAAGUUGCAUCUCCUAAUACCACCAAGACAACAACAACUACUACUACCGAGUCUUCUCCUAAGAAGCAAGAAGCUCCAAAGCUAGAACAGCCUUCUACUACUAAUGCUAACUCUGAUAACAAGCCAAAGAGCUGGGCAGACAUUGCUAGCGCAAAGAGCAGACAAAGACAACUACAACAGCAACAACAGCAAAAUAAAAAGCAACAGCAACAAAAGACCAAGCCAUUGGACAACCUUGAAGUGGUUACCCCAGAAACGGAAGAAAAGCCUGUUGAUGAAAAGGAAAACGUCAACAGCGAACAAGAAGCCGUUGACCAAGAAGCCGAACAACAACAACAACAACAAGAAACUUUCGCUGAGGAAUCAAAGGUUGAAGAAUCUUCUCAACUACAAGAACAAGAAGAGGCUAGAGUAGAAGCAUCUGAACCAGUUCAACAACAACAAGAACAACAACAACAGCAACAGCAACAGCAACAGCAACACGUUUCCCAAGUCCAAGAAUCUGCCCCUGUAUCCCUACCAGAGGACAACAACGGUGUAGCUGCUGCCGCCAACGGUAUUGCCAACAUCCAAUUCGGCUCUGAAGGAAAGGGCGCUCAACAAAAUCCUGCAUCUCAGAACUAUUACCAACAACAACCAAACCAACAAUACGCUCCACAACAAGUCCCACAAUCUGCUGCUGCUGCCGCCGCUGCUCAAGCUCAAGCACAACAGUACUACAUGUACCAAAACCAAUUUGGUUACUCUUACCCUGGUAUGUUUGACAGUCAAUCUUACCCUGGUUACGCUCAACAGUUUGGUGUUCCUCAAGUUCCUCAAGGUCAACAAGGCCAACCACAACAUCCUCAGCAACCACAACAAGCUUCUGGAUCCCCAACUGCUCAGCCAGGACAGACUGCUUAUGUUGCUCCUUCCGGUACUGGUUAUCAAUCUCAAGAAGUUCCUCAGCAAUCUCCUGCUCAACAACAUGUCCAACCACAACAAUACGGUGGAUACGGUAUGCCAUACAUGUACUACCAACAAUCGUUCCCUUACGGCCAACCACAGUACGGAAUCGCUGGCCAAUAUCCAUAUCAGAUGCCAAAGGCGGGAUACAACUACUACCCACCUCAACCUCAAUCGCAGCAACAAGGUGGUCAGGCCCAAGGUUCUACUCAAUCUCAACCAGAUGAAGAACCAGCCAACGGUACCCAAGCCGGUGCAAACGCCAAUGCUGCCAACGCAUCCCAACAGUACCAACAAUACUACCAGUAUCAACAAGCUCAAACCCAACCACAACAGCAGGUUCAACAAGGCAUGCCAUACGGAUACUCUUCAUAUGAUUAUUCCUCCCAAACUUCCAGAGGGUUCUAUUAA